AUAAUGUAACCAUUAUAAGGUAUCCUUGCAAGAGCGACCACUCUUGGCUACCACAAUGUCACAGGGAACGAAAAAGAUGACAAAAGCGUUAAAGCAGGUUAAAAAGAAAAUACCACCGCCACCAUUUCUUAGAACACACAUAAAAGCAGGCGAGGCAGUUGCAGCACCACCCCUAGGACCGAGUCUUGGAGCGAGAAAUAUACAGAUUGGCCCUUUCUGCAAACAGUUCAAUGAACACACAAAGGACUACAAACCUGGAAUUCCCUUGCCUACGGUUAUAACCUUAAAUCCUGACCGAAGUGUCACAAUACAGACAAACAAGCCUCCAGUCUCCUACUAUCUCCGGCAGGCAGCAGGCUGUCGCAAAGGAGCAAUAGAAUCCCAUGAAGUGGCUGGUAUAGUAACAUUAAAGCAUGUGUACGAGAUAGCCAAGAUUAAAUCAGCGGAUUCGUGUAACAGAGGGAAGACUUUAGAAGAAGUGUGUCAGUCUGUAAUAGGAACAGCCCAUUCAAUUGGAAUCAAAGUAGAACGCAGUCUGGACCCAAAGGAAUAUCAGGAAUUCCUGAGAAAUCGUGAAGUUAAAUUGGCUGAACAUGAGCAAAAGCUGGAAGAAAUAAGACAAUCCAAGAUGCUAAGAUUGUGAUGUAUGAUUUCCUGGUUAUUAAUUUGCAUGUCACAUGGAAUAAAAAAAUUGUAUUGGA